AUGAUCCACGGCAGCUGCGCGUGCGGGCGUAUUCAGUAUAAGACUCAAGCCCAACCACUUGCUGUCACUUUCUGCCAUUGUAUAACCUGCCAGCGGGUUGCAGGCGGCCCGUUCUUGCCGUUCGUCGGCUUUCCCACCUCGGCCAUUGAAUGGACACAACAGCCGGACAUGUGGCAGGCCGGUGACAUUGCUGAGCGCGGGUACUGCAAGCAGUGUGGCUCGGCUAUAUCGAUGCGGUAUUUCCACGAGGCAGACCGGAUCGGGUUGACGCUGGGAACGCUCGUCGGAGCUCAGCAUGCUUUGCCUCCGGUCGGAGCACACAUUUACCUCAAGGACAAAGCGCCGUACUUUACUCUGAGCAACGAUGGGGCAGAGCGGUUCGAUGAGUUCUCUCCGGGUUUUCGGGAUCAGAUUGAACAAUGGAAAGCAGACCAGCAGAAGGAGUAG